AUGAGGCAUUUGGCGUUGGUAGUGCUGUUGUGUAGUGUUCUUGUGCCCAGAAUACAUUCUGCUCCACAACGAAGCAUUGACUUUUUGCUGGGCGAUGAGGAACUCCAGGCGGUUGUGAAACCUAUCGCGGAAAAUGCCUCGUCUACUACCUCUGCACAGCAGCAAACAGUAGCGUAUGAGGAUGAUCCGCAGAGUGAAGUGCAAGCAACAGUGGAUCCGAUUGAAAAUGAACAGCAAACGGAGGAUCCUCAGCAGGAUCUACCUGUAACUGUAGAUUAUCCCGAGGAGGAACAGCUAACCGAAGAUCCUCAAGAUGAUGUUCUGGAUCCGGUAACAGAUAGUCCCAAGGAUGAUGAUAAUACGACAAAUACGACAAAAUCCAACGAUUCUACUUCCGUAGCUCCCAGCAGCACUAUGUCUCCCUCACGGAGCGAAGUGACGACUCCCGCACCUAAAGCAUCAACAGCACCUACGGUCGAUUCAGUGGAAAAUAUCUCCUCCGAAGAGCAACUCACAACUAACCCUAUCGUGGUUCCAGACAACGGAGAUCAAUCCACAACCGAGUCCAGCGAAGACUCGAAUCAGCUCGCCCAGGAUGUUAAUGACUUUAUACACGAUCUGGCAAAUGAGGUACGAUCGAGUGCAAGGGAUGAUCCGCCUCGUCCACAACCACCAAAACCCAGUAUGCCGCAAUUCUCCACAGUACUGCCCACUAUGCUACCGGAAGGCUACGAUUCCAAAUCGGUCGAAAGUAGUGAAGACGACGAUCAGGUGCAGCUGAAAGUAGAUCCGAACGACACACAGACGACCAAUGGCCCUUCGCUUACCGAGGAUCAGUUCCGCACGCUACUAGAAAAGUUGCCCUGGAUCGGUCAACAGCGAUUCCCAGGCUACGAUCAAUGGCACCAUCAGGGUUUUCCGCAACGCUCCAGCUGGCAGCAUCGUGACGAUCGUCAACGACACUAUCAAAGCCACGGUUCGGACAGUUUUCAAGGUCACGGAUUUCACCGCAGCUCUUGGCAUUGACGCGUGCUCUUUGCGCUUUCUAUGCUG